CUUCUAUCAUCAUUUGCUCUCCGGAAAUCUUCUCUCAUCUCCCCUUCUAUAACCUUUCGGCCAACAAACGAGACAAUACCUCGUUGCCGUUGCAAAUAAGCUCUUAGAGACAGACUCGGUGGAUGAAGGGUUGCAUCGUCUUGUUCUCAAAGGAACUCCUCAUGGACGGCCACUCAUCAUCUUCUGCCAAGAAUUGCUCCGGGUCUGAAAUGAGCUGCCAUGGUGCAGGUUUGAUAAAAAAGAAGGGCUUCAAAGGGUCUUUUGCAGAGGCAGGGUCAUCUGCAAAGACAUUUGCAGUACUGUCCAGAGUACACAGUGUUGUGGUUUGCUUUCUGAAGAGGCUUAGGGGAAAUGAUGAUGUAAUUAAUGCUGGUGUAGCUGGAUGUUGUACUGGUCUUGCUCUGAGUUUUCCAGGGAAAGGGAUUCUUGGCUAGGGACAAUCAUUGGUCAUUACAGAGGUAUGCGAAUCAAUAGGAGCGGAUCACUCCACUAAGCGACGGUUCAAAGCUCUAUCUUUAGUGUGAUGCUCAUGUCUCAGACCACUCCACUUGUUGUCCAAUCUCUCCUCUUCCUGCCUCCAUAUUCCCGCUUGACGGUUGCUCCCCAAACGAUUUGUUUUUGCUUGGUCUGUGCCUAUCUGGAUAAUGAGCUCAUCGCCUCUCCACACCUGGUAUGCUUUGGAAAUUUCUCUUAUGAAGGUUUCACCUUUUUAAGGUCAGGACAUUAGCUACAAUUCCCUGGUUUCGUCGAGUACGAGUGUUUACAAUUUCUAACUUGUGCUAGAAUUUUAUUACAAGUUGUAACUGGCAAUGAAUGAUUGAAGUAUACAGGAAUGCCCAGAUCAUAGGAUUAGAAUAUGGACAGUUUCACAGCUUUAGUGAACUUGAUUUCAGGUCAACUAGCUCUUCUUUUCUCUUUUUCCGAUGGCAUGUGCUUGAUGGUAUUUUUGUUUUGUAUUUAAUUUUUUGUUGCUGUUGGAUCCAAUAGAAAUUCCACACUAUGUUUUUAUCUUUUGAAUGACUUGGCAUUAAAUAUAUGCUUUGGCCACAUUUGUAUAUCGCAG